UGGGAUCACAUGCUCUGCCUCCGGGAGGAGCCGUCUCGCGAUUCAGUGGCGGGAACCUCGGAGGGUGCCGGAGCCCCGGGCUUUUUGCGGGGGGCUCCACCCGGGCCGGGAGAAAGGGCUCCCGGGGCAUCGCCCUGGCCCAGGCUGCUACGGGGAGCGCGCCUCGUUGUAGUCCCCAAACUUACGAGUAUCGUGAAGUCGCUGUAAAACUUUUCCUGAGCGUACCCCGGGAGGAGGAGAGGGAGCCCCGGCCGCCCGCUCCUCCCACGUUUGCUUUAGAGAAUGGAAACAAGAAACCCUCAGCUUUUUGGAAUUCGUGUUUGUGAUACCUGUAGUUUGCCGGAAUCCUUCCGUCCCAUGUAGGAAAGUGUGGUGCUGGCCGAGUAACUCCAGGGUCUGUCCCAGGGUGACUAGCAUGCAGAUACCCAUGCUCUGACUUGCUGCCCCUCUACUGACAUGGCCCACCGGGGUGGGGAGAGGGACUUCCAGACUUCAGCUCGUCGCAUGGGCACCUCACUGCUCUUCCAGCUUUCAGUGCACGAACGGGAACUGGACUUGGUUUUUCUGGACCAUAGCUAUGCCAAGCCAUGGAGUGCCCACCCAGAUGCCAGUAGUGCCCGCCCUACCCGCAUGCUCUUUGUUACUCCCCGGAGGCAGCACGAGAAUACCAUUGAAUCAGACGUCCCAAUAGAUGUGGAGACAGUCACAUCGACUCCCGUGCCACUCUAUGACAACCAGAAGGCGCGCAGCGUGAUGAAUGAGUGUGAAAGGCAUGUCAUCUUUGCCAGGACUGAUGCAGAUGCCCCUCCUCCACCAGAGGACUGGGAGGAGCAUGUCAACAGGACUGGCUGGACAAUGGCCCAGAACAAGCUAUUCAACAAGAUCCUCAAAGCCCUGCAGUCUGACCGACUUGCCCGCUUGGCCAAUGAAGGGGCUUGUAAUGAGCCAGUGCUACGCCGUGUAGCCGUGGACAAGUGUGCAAGGCGCGUGCGGCAGGCCCUGGCCAGUGUGAGCUGGGACACCAAGCUGAUCCAGUGGCUGCACACAACCCUGGUGGAGACCUUGAGUCUGCCCAUGCUGGCCGCCUACCUGGAUGCUUUGCAGACACUGAAAGGGAAGAUCCCGACCUUGAUUGACCGCAUGCUUGUGUCGUCCAACACGAAGACUGGGGCCGCAGGAGCUGAGGCCUUGUCACUGCUGCUGAAGAGGCCCUGGGACCCUGCUGUGGGGGUGCUUUCUCAUAACAAGCCAAGCAAACUCCCUGGCUCUCCUCUGAUCCUCAUCGCCUCCUCGGGCCCCUCCAGCUCUGUGUUCCCCACCUCACGCCGCCACCGCUUCUGGCAGUCUCAGCUCUCCUGCUUAGGCAAGGUCAUUCCUGUCGCCACCCAUCUGCUGAACAACGGCAGUGGGGUGGGCCUUCUGCAGUGCCUUGAGCAUAUGAUCGGGGCGGUGAGAAGCAAAGUACUGGAGAUUCACAGCCAUUUCCCACACAAGCCCAUCAUCUUGAUCGGCUGGAACACAGGAGCUUUGGUGGCCUGUCAGGUGUCAGUCAUGGAGUAUGUCACUGCAGUUGUCUGCCUUGGGUUUCCUCUGCUCACCGUGGACGGCCCCCGAGGGGAUGUGGAUGAUCCCCUCUUGGAUAUGAAGACUCCAGUCCUCUUUGUCAUUGGUCAGAAUUCCCUACAGUGUCACCCUGAAGCCAUGGAGGACUUCCGGGAGAAGAUCCGUGCUGAAAACAGCUUGGUGGUUGUUGGGGGAGCUGAUGACAAUCUCAGAAUAAGCAAAGCAAAGAAGAAAUCAGAAGGGUUGACUCAAAGCAUGGUGGACAGAUGUAUUCAGGAUGAGAUUGUGGACUUCCUGACGGGAGUGCUCACUCGCUCUGAGGGCCAUGUGGGCUCGGAGCCUCGGGAUCAGGAUGCUGAGAAGAAGAAGAAGCCCCGUGAUGUGGCCCGAAGAGACCUGGCCUUUGAAGUCCCUGAGCGGGGCAGUCGACCUGCUUCCCCGGCCGCCAAGCUGCCCGCCUCACCCUCAGGCUCAGAGGAUCUCUCCAGUGUGUCCAGCAGCCCCACCUCCAGUCCCAAGACCAAAGUGACCACAGUGACCUCUGCUCAGAAGUCCAGCCAGAUCGGGAGCUCCCAGCUGCUGAAGAGACACGUGCAGCGGGCAGAAGCCAUGCUGACCCACAAACAAGCCCAGGUUCCCAUUUCAUCAGAACCAGCAGAGGAGGCAGAGAAGGAGGAGCUCAGGGUUCAGCUGAAGCGGCACCACCCCUCCAGCCCCCUUCCCGGCAGUAAGACCUCCAAGCGACCCAAGAUCAAGGUGUCCCUUAUUUCUCAGGGGGACACGGCUGGAGGGCCUUGUGUUGCUUCCCAAGGAGGAGCUCCAGAUGCGGCGGGCGGGAAGGCCAUCGCUGUGACGCUGGGGCAGGCGUCAGCAGGUGGACUGCUCCCCACAGCCAGGCCAAGUGCUUCUGAAGGUGUCGCGGCCAGCCCAGCCCCCUCAGUGGUCUCUGGAAGCACCACACCCAGCGCCCUGCACACACUCCAGAGCCGCUUGGUGGCCACCUCUCCUGGCGGCUCCCUCCCAGGCGCCACAUCAGCCAGCAGCCUCCUGCAGGGCCUCAGCUUCAGCUUGCAGGACAUCAGCAGCAAGAGCUCUGGCCCCUCCGCAAACCCUGGCCUCCCUGGCCCUGGGCCAGCCCCGCAGGCCACCAGUGUGAAGUUGCCCACCCCCAUGCAGAGUCUGGGUGCCAUCACCACGGGCACCAGCACCAUUGUCCGUACCAUCCCUGUGGCUACCACCCUCUCCUCCUUGGGUGCCACUCCUGGUGGGAAGCCCACAGCCAUCCACCAGCUGCUGACCAAUGGGGGCCUUGCUAAGUUAGCAAGUAGCCUUCCUGGCCUGGCUCAGAUCUCUAACCAGGCAUCAGGCCUGAAGGUCCCCACCACCAUCACUCUGACUCUCCGUGGCCAGCCUAGCAGGAUCACCACGCUGAGUCCCAUGGGCUCAGGAGCAGCUCCGUCUGAGGAGGCCACCUCCCAGGUGCUGCCCUCUAGCUCCCAGUUGCAGAGACCUGUCCGUCUCUUCAGAGGUUGGCAAGUUCUUACUGUGUGGAUGUUGACAGCACAUCUCACCACCUCCAAGGGCAGGGUUGGGUUUCAUUUUGUCACAUGCGCCUGCCUCCAGCCCCCUGAAGACGCCAAGCCACGCGUCCUCCUUACUAGGCUGGUGAUGGCUGCCCGCGGUGGGCCUGGGCUGGUGCACGGUCCCACUGAGCUGAGUGUCUGAAGACCCCUUGAAGAUGGUCAUUCUGUCGCUCCGCCAACUGUCAUCAGGGUUGGGCCUCUGAAUGUCGAGAAACCCUUAGGCCAGGUGACAAGGUGCCAUCCAGGGGAGCAGCAUCUUCUGGGACCUGCGAGCCUGGUUCCUGGGAUGCCCCCUUCUCAGCAGAUCUGGUCGGGUCUGGUCCAGGGCACUUCCUCCCCAGCUCAGCACAGCUGGACCUGGGUUCAUGUUCACCACUCACUGCACGUCACAGAGGAGGACAUGGGAACCAUUCUGGGCUGUGGGGUUAAGAGCAGGAGCCCGCAGCCCGUUCAGGACCAGCAGGGCUUGUCUUGGAUAUCACCUGCUUUGCUGAGCAGCCCUUGGAAUUGAGAAACCACCUCAGGGACCAAGCAGCCUGCCGAAGCCCCCGGCUUUCAGCGGUUUCAUGAUGAAGGCAAAGAGAACUGGGCCGUGUUGUCUUCCAGCCCCUUUGGCCACUGUGGGAGCAGAAGUUGCCAAGGGGUGACAGCUGGCCCUUUGUCCUUUUCCCCAUGUGCUGGGCAGUUUCUGCGUCCAGAGAGCCUGCAGGUCCAGGAAGCAGCUGGCGGGGGCGCCAGAGAGCCCUGAAUGCAGACGGUGUGGGCCUGGGCUCGGCAUCUGGCCAGAGUUGAGAAGCAGCAGCCCCAGGUCAGGGGGACCCUGAGGCCUGUCUGCAGCGCCUGGAGGUGAGGCAGGGACCACCAGCCACAGUAGCCAUGGUCGUGCCACUGGCCUGGAGGAUGCUGGGGCAGCAGGGUGGCAAAGGCUGUGCUCCAGGAUUUCUGUUUCACACAAUGUUUUGUCUCCUGCUUUGUAAGUGGAACGAUGAGUGGCAGUGACUCUACCAGGCAGGGUUUCGAAUGCCAGCCUGAGUGAGCUCUGCUGAUCGUGCUCCCUGGGGGACUGGUGGCUGAAGAUGGAGCCCCGAGCCCCACCCUGCCUCUUCACGACACGGAGCAAAGGUAGUUUAUUAGUGUUUGACUUUAAGCCUGGGCUCCAGAGCUGACUCCCUUCCCUUCCACACAUGCAAGGUUGGCAGCCAGGGAGACAAGUAGCCAACCCAGGGUGACUGUGUGUAGCCCUGGGCCCCGACCCCCGCCAGACCACCUAUGUUCAGUCCCAGGGCCUCAGAGCAGCCGCCUUGAGGGAGAGCACGGUGUUCCUGCAGCCCACACCCUCCCUCCCUGUCUCAGCGGGGCAUUAAGGGGCGGGUGGCAUUUUGUCAUUAGCUGUAGGCAGCUGCUUUCUGGAGUCCAGCAGACGAUCUAGUAAAUUAAGAAAGGUGUGAGACCUGAGAGAGGCACCAAGGCUCAGGGUCUUGGUGGCUGUGUGGUGGGUCACAGCAUGCCAGAAGAGCAGAGCGUUAACACUGCGAGCCUCCGCAACUCUUUGGGGACUCAUUUAGGACAUGCAGAAGGCUGUGGAUUACCCUUGUGACAGGUGAGCAGCCUGGACAGUGCUGGAGGGGCUGCUUCUGACAGAUGCUGGGCCCAAAGACAAACUCAUAUGUUGUCCUACUUAUCUGGGGGCAGCCCCGGGGCCACGAGCUCAGAGGCAGUACUCUUGGUGGAAAACAUGGAAGGAUCAAGAAGCCUUUACGUUCUUGGGUGAUGGGUGUUUGUGGAUGUCCUGUGGAAGAUGUCCUUGGACUUUCAGGAGAGGUCACUGAGGGGCGAAGACCCUGUGUCACCCUUGGUCCCACUGCAGAACAGCCUUGGGCUGGGUGGGUUAGAGCCGAGCACUGGCAGAAACAAUUAAAAAUCCCAAACCACCGUG